AUGGGACCUUUUGUCAACAUUGACUACAGGGAUACAUUAGUCGACUUUCCGCACCUGUUGCCCGACUCAUCUAUGCUAACUGUCGUUAGUUCACCGAAAUAUUACGCAAACAACGAGUUGUUUAAAAUAUUUAAUACAUUCAAACUCGAGGUUCUACUUUUAGGCCAAGGAAUUGCUAUGAAACAUAAUCACAAUAAAUGUUUGGUCGGUGUCUGGGCAUUGGGUUCACUAAUACUCAUAAACUAUUUCGGAAGCGAUUUACAGGCACUGGAGGUAUCGGAACAGACACUCAAAAUAGAGUCCAUUCGGCAGUUGAUUGACAGACAAGAUAUCGAUGUAAUGGUUCCUAAGAACACCUAUAUUGGUAUAUAUCUUAAAAAG